AUGACGACAAAUACGCCAUUUAACUUCACUGCCUACUUGGAGCAGCCGAUGCCCUGGCAGAAUGAACCGGCCACCAUUCGAGGCAUCGUCAUCACGUUAACGUCGAUUGCGUUCCUCUGCGUCAUAUCUCGCCUCUAUAUACGCCUAGCAGUGCUCCGGGUGCCUGGCUGGGAUGAUGUGUUUGUCGGCUUGUAUCUGAUGACGACACUUGCAUCGGCCGUCAGUGUUUGCAUUGCACCCAGCUUCGGCCUCGGCCAGCAUUUGAUCAUGUUCACACCACGCGAAUUGCGCAUGUUCCUGAUUGUACGUAACGGCCCUUGA